GGACGGUCGAGCUGACGGACUGACAGACGGACGGAGUUCCUGGCCCCCCAGACCUGGGCCCCCACGCGGACCUGCUUCACUGAGCAGACGGCUUUCUUCGAGGCCAGGACUGGGUGAUGGUGUCGCUACUCCCACCACAGUCUGACGUCACACUGCCCAGCCCCACCAGACUGGAGGGGGAGCGCCAAGGGGACCUCAUGCAAGCACCGGGCCUCCCAGGCUCCCCUGCCCCACAGAGCAAGCAUGCUGGCUUCAGCUGCCCAUCCUUUGUGCCUGAUGGCCCUCCAGAGAGGGCACCCUCACUGCCUCCACACAGCCCCAGCAUUGCGUCACCAGGCCCUGAGCAAGUCCAGGGUCACUGCUCAGCAUGCCCUGGCCCGGGCCCCUUCCGACUUUCACCCUCAGACAAGUAUCCUGGCUUUGGCUUUGAGGAGAGCUCAGCAAGCAGCCCCGGGCGCUUCCUCAAGGGCAGCCACGUGCCCUUCCACCCAUACAAGCAGCAUUUCCAUGAGGACGUCUUCCCUGAGGCCCAGACUGCUCUGGCCCUCGAUGGACACUCCUUUAAGACACCAGGGGCUCUGGAGGCCUUUGAGGAGAUCCCUGUGGAUGUGGGGGAGGCCGAGGCCUACCUGCCUGGUUUUUCAGCAGAGGCCUGGUGCAACGGACUCCCCUACCCCAGCCUGGAGCACAGCCCCCAAGUCUUGGGGUCGGAAGUCAAGGUCAAGCCCCCAACUCUGGAGAGUGGCCCUGGGAUGUACUGCUACCAGCCCCCCUUGCAGCACAUGUAUUGCCCCUCCCAGCCCCCCUUCCACCAGUACUCAUCAGGUGGUGGCAGCUACCCUGUACCAUACCUGGGCACUUCACACUAUCCUUACCAGCGGAUCGCACCCCAGGCCAGCACCGAUGGGCACCAGCCUCUCUUCCCAAAACCCAUCUACUCCUACAGCAUCCUCAUCUUCAUGGCCCUUAAGAACAGUAAAACUGGGAGCCUUCCUGUGAGCGAGAUCUAUAAUUUUAUGACGGAGCAUUUUCCUUACUUCAAGACAGCACCCGAUGGCUGGAAGAAUUCCGUCCGCCACAACCUAUCCCUCAACAAGUGCUUUGAGAAGGUAGAGAACAAAUCAGGAAGCUCCUCUCGGAAGGGCUGCCUGUGGGCCCUCAAUCCAGCCAAGAUUGACAAGAUGCAGGAGGAGCUGCAGAAGUGGAAGAGGAAAGAUCCCAUUGCUGUGCGCAAAAGCAUGGCCAAGCCAGAAGAGCUGGACAGCCUCAUUGGAGACAAGAGGGAGAAGCUGGGCUCCCCACUGCUGGGCUGUCCACCCCCUGGGCUGGCAGGCUCAGGCCCUAUCCGGCCUCUGGCACCCCCAUCUGGGCUAUCCCAGCCACUGCACUCACUCCAUCCAGCUCCAGGGCCCAUCCCUGGCAAGAACCCCCUGCAGGACCUAUUGGGGGGGCACGCACCCUCCUGCUACGGGCAGACGUACCCACACCUCUCACCAGGCCUGGCCCCUCCUGGACCCCCGCAGCCAUUGUUCCCACAGCCAGAUGGGCACCUUGAGCUGCGGGCCCAGCCAAGCACCCCCCAGGACUCGCCUCUGCCUGCCCACACUCCACCCAGCCACAGUGCUAAGCUGCUGGCUGAACCUUCCCCAGCAAGGACCAUGCAUGACACCCUACUGCCAGAUGGAGACCUCGGAACUGACCUGGAUGCUAUCAACCCCUCUCUCACCGACUUUGACUUCCAGGGAAACCUGUGGGAACAACUGAAGGAUGACAGCUUGGCCCUCGACCCUCUGGUACUGGUGACCUCAUCCCCAACGACGUCAUCUUCAAUGCCGCCACCCCCACCAACCCCCCACUGCUUCCCCCCUGGGCCCUGUCUGGCAGAGACGGGCAGUGGGGCAGGUGACUUGGCACCCCCAGGCAGUGGGGGCUCCGGGGCACUGGGUGACUUGCACCUCACCACCCUCUACUCGGACUUCAUGGAGCUGGAGCCCAUGCCCUCCACGGCCCCGGCCGGUCCUUCAGUGUACCUCAGCCCCAGCUCCAAGCCCAUGGCCUUGGCAUGAUCCAUGUUCAGGAUCAGCUCCCGCCUUUGCCUAGUCUGGAUGUCCCAGCUGGUCGCCCACAUCGGGCUCACCUUAAAGAUCAAGGAAGAAAAACACUACCUGUCCCCUGUGCCACUUGUUUGUUAGCUGGCAGCUGGAGGUUCAGAGGACUCCAUCCAGGCUGCUGCCCCUCAUACAUUUCUGCCACCUGGUGGUCCAGCUCCUCACUCAGGGCCCCAGAAAAGCAAGUGUUUGGGCAAGAAUAAAACACACUCUAGUUCACCCUCAUCCACACUUAAGCCCUUGUGCUUACACACACACACACACACAGUUAAUCAGACAUACUCACACACACACCCCUCCCCCCCAUAAACCUUAUCCCCAGAGGAAUCAGUACUACAACACAGACAGCCUGACUUCAUUUCUGGGACAGCUGAUAGCUGAGGGCUUUGCUUACCAAAAGCUCAGAGCCCUGUGCCAGGCCAAUGACAAACCCCUUAAGCUCCCUCAGACAUCCACAUUCUCUACAGGCCUGACUCCUUGCAAUCAUGUUCUUUCCCAGAAGCCCCCUGUAUUUAUUCUCCCAUCUUUACCCCAACAGUCCAGCAAAGAAGAGGAAAGAGAGCUCCUCCCCAAAUUGUCUGUGGAGCCCUCCAAGGGGUUGCUACUUAGCAGCUUUUACUCUGCCAGGCUCUACCUAUCCUCAGUACACGCUCUGUCUGGCCACCCCCAGGGUGACAUGCAGCAGGGGCAGAUUCACCCCGGGACAAAACUGAGCCCAAUUCCGACGGUGUUCGGAAAAGCCCUUGCCCUUGGAAACUUGAAUGUGUCUACUUCUCCCAGUUCCAGCUGCAGGAAGGGCCCCCUCUGGGUCACCACAAUCUCACUCCUUCUCUAGAAAGUAAAGUUCAUGCAAUUUAGGUCCCAGCUUACUCCAGACAGUCCCUGACUUAUGAUGGUUCAACUUAACCUUUUUUCAACUUUACAAUGGUAUGAAAAUAAUAUGCAUUCAGUACAUUCCUCAGACUUAACAUGGGGUUAUGUUUGUUUGAUAAAUCUAUUAUAAAUCAGAAAUACCAUAAGUAAAAAGCAUACUUUCUACUUACGAUAUUUCCAACUUACAGUGGAUUUAUCUAGAUGCAGCCCCAUCGUAAGUUGAGGAGCAUCCAUGGUUACUUCCAACUGUCUCAGGCAGCCUGGGCCUUCUGGGAGGGGUUGCCAGGCAUGAAAUCACACAUGCCCCCCUCUCUUUGACUGGUUGGCAGAACCAACAUACACGGGAAGCACUAGGGAUGCCCCUGGAGCUGAGGGGUGUGGUUCAGGUGCCCACCAUGAGCCCACUGCCACCCAGGGGAGCUUUGGCCCACACCAGCCCUAGGGUUGACAAGAACUUCCAGAGGUUUGCUCCAGGCCCACAUUGAGGCACAAGCAGAUCCCUCAAUGGCCUGCCAGUGUCCCCUGUGCCGGAACAAUAAAGCAAG